AUGAAUGAAAAACUGGUAGCUAAUUUUCCUAUGGAGGAAAUUUCUGAUGCCCUAAAUCAAAUGCCUCCUAUGAAGGCCCCUAGACCUGACGGCUUCUUGACAUGUUUCUACAAGCAUAAUUGGGCGACCAUUCAUCAGGAGAGUGCUUUUAUCUCGGGACGUUUGAUAGCUGACAAUAUUCUUGUUGCAUAUGAGACACUUCAUUCUAUGCAGACAAGGAUGUGGGGAAAAAUUGGUUUUAUAGGGGUUAAGCUCAACAUGAGCAAAGCCUAUGAUAGAGUUGAGUGGGCUUUCUUGAAGGUGGCCAUGGUCAGAAUGGGUUUUCAUGUUAAAUCGAUUUCGUUGGUCAUGGCCUGUGUAAGGUUUGUGACUUAUUCAGUAAUUGUCAAUAGGAAUCCAGUAGGGUUGAUCAGACCUACAAGGGGUAUCCGACAGGGUGAUCCCAUCUCACCCUACCUUUUCCUCCUUUGUGCGGAAAACUUAAGUGCCUUGUUGAGCCAUGCUGAGCAGAAGCGAGUUGAAAAUCGAAAUUGA